AGAGAGGACACUUUAUUUGUCGGUUUACAAGAAACUAGACAAUGGAGUAUGCCAAGAGGAUGGAGAUCAUCAAUAUCACUGCCUUACCAGUGAUACCAUUGGAUGAGCACCAGGUGGUCUCCCUCACUUCACGGAAAAUGCUGGAGAGCAUUUCGAGGAAGAGGUUACGGGACCAUCCACCCACGUGCAUUAUUGGCUCCAUGCAACAGGUGAGCCAAAAGCUUGCUGAAAUAGACCUGAGCCGUGGCCCAUUGGCCAACAACUUGGUAAUUGAGGAAUAUGAGUUGGAGAAGAAGGCUUUAAGAGAGAAAAGUCGCAGCAGUCCAGGAGACAGAGUCAGACCACGAGGGGAAGAGAGGUUCUCCUGCAAAGGCUCAGAGCUACGGAAUACCAGGUUGGCCCUGUCGAAAAGGAAAACAGCAGAUAAAACUCUUCUGGCGGAGCUACACCAGUAUCCUCAAUUUAACGAUGCUAGACCCAACAAGCUUCCCAACGGGGUGGACUUCUGUGACAUGGUGGGCAAUGUGGUCCGAGCUGAGAAAAAUUUCCUUAGUGGCAAGUCUUACUGUUCAGAUAGAGAAUUAGAGAAGUUUCUCUCUUCUCCUGCGCCCAGAGCCAUGUGGCUGGAUAGCUUUUGGUGGGUGUUUCAUGAGAGGUACCAGCCAAACAAGGAGAUCCAGAACAAGCUGUUUGACCGGAUCGCCCGAAACUAUGCCAGCCUUUUGUUCGUUAUGCCCAGGUCCCACUAUGAAGAGGCACUCUUGAAAAAGUUACCUUCACUUCUGAGUAAAGCCCUGUACACCAGCUUCUGCUGCUGCUUCCCUCAGUCCUGGUUCAACACGCAUGAGUUCAAGGCAGAAAUCUGUAACACCGUGAGCCUGUGGAUUUCAGGGACGUACCCUUGCCCACAGAGUUAUAACUCUUGGGACUACUCAGAACUGGAUCCAGAGAGGUUCCGGACAGAAGAAUUAAUAUUACAGAGAAAACAAUUCAUAAAAGGAAAAACAUUUUCCAUCUUCACUUGUAAGCAAGCCUCCACUCCGAAGCAGGACCAGAGCAAGAAAGCCCACCAGCUUCAAUCUUUUGUUCCAAAUUCAGCCAAUGAGAAGGUCCCUUCAGGCAAGUUGAAUACAGAAGAAGGCUCAUAUUAUCACGGUGUGAAAGAGCGGCGUUGUCUGGCCCUGACCUCCAGGAAAGCCACAUUGCAAGUCAAGAGGAUAUCAGAAGCCAGAGUAUGCCUGAAUUUGUUAAGAAAGUCCCACCCGGCCUGCAAAAGCCCGGAGCUGACUUCAAAUCUUUUCAAUAUCUACGGGAAGAGCCCACUGAUGCUGUACUUCCUCUACAACUACUCCAGGCUGGAGCAGCGUGGCCAGGACAUUCUGAUCGUCAGGAGGGAAAAGACCAAGGUCAUUCCUGACAGCACCCCAACCUAUGCUGAUGUCAUCGACUUGACCCUGAAAAACAUGGAGAAGCGCAAGGACAACCUCAGCCAGCUGUCCCGGCUGCACGAGAAGGAGUGGACCUAUUUUGACAAUUACGUAAAGGACCUGCAAGAGAACUUUGAGAGGGAGGUGAAGAACAUCAAUAAAAUGGAAGCAGAUAAGAAAAAGGCCAACCACAUGUUCAUCCCACCCUCACCCCUGCUUGAAGAAACGGCAGAAAAGAAGUUCAGAGCAAGUCCCCCGAAAAGAACUGCAUUUAUUUCAAGGAAGGAAAAUAAGGAGCAAGUUGGGCAUGAUGGCACAAGCCUUUAAUUCCAGCACCCAGGAGGCAGAGAAAACUGAUCACCAGACAGCCAAAAAUCACUCAGAAGGAGGUGUUCAUCCUAGCCUCUCACCUCCUACUUCAAGGCAAUGAACUUGUCCAAGAACAAGGAGAAACUUUAUGAAUGAUGCCUGCCUGUCUUGUCAGAUGUGACCCAGGACAGAAGCAGCAGCAUCAACCAAUACUCCAGCUAGAGGCACGUGUACUCAUUCUAAGUCCACGAGACAAAAUUAAAGUUUACUCCUGCCAUGAUCCAAAAGUGUGUGUGUGCGUGCGCGCGCGUGCGCGCUUGUGUGGGUGCAUAUGCUUUUUACUGAGUAUUUCCUAUGGGCUAAGUGCUCUGCUGAGCUCUUACAGACAUUAUCUUGGUCAACCCUCCUGGCAGCCCCCUGAGGUGGGUAUUGUUGCCUUGUUUCUGUAAGAAAUCUAGGGCUAGUUAGGUUGAGGAAGCAUCCACAGGUUCUCCUUGCCCUGUAGAUAGAAAAGUCAAUGAAGACAUGCUCUCUGGCUAGGAUAGUUUGUGUUGACUGUCAACUUGAGAGGACCUAGGCUGACUUCUGAGGAUGUGUCUGGAUAGGAUGAGCCUGUGGGCGUGC